AGUGCAUAGAAAUAAAAAAGUUAAAUACAAGUAAUUGUUUAUAAAAUAAUCAAAUCAAAGCCAGGCGUAUCACGCACACCACUGCCUCCCCAAUAAAAAAAAUAAAAUUAAAAUAAAAAUUGCGUGAAAAUUAAAAAAAAAAUGUAUCUCCAAUAUCUCUACAUACUGCAAUGUAUGCAGGUGUGAGUGUGUGUGCGUGUGUUUAUGUUUGCAAAUCGCCAAAAUCGUCGCAAUUCUCAUCUGUAAAAUUAAACCUCAACUCAUCAUAAUCAACCAACAACACCUGUAAAUAUUCAACAACAAACAAGCGUAGCCCAAUUGUGGCCGACUAUAUACUACCUAAAAAGCUAAAACAUAUACAAAUAAAUAUCGCCAAGUCUGGCGUGUAUACCGAAAAAUUUAAUUGCAAUUGAAGUUUACUAAUGAAUGCAAAAAUAUAUAACAACUUUCAGCCGCAUUAAAUUAUAAGAAGAGCAACAUUGCAAAUAUGUGUAAAUAAACAUUUUCUAAUUAAUCUGUGAUUUCUGUGAUUUAUUUUCUCUCGCAUUGAAUUUGCAAAAAACCAGAAAAUUUGUGAUUUUGCAACUUAUGCUAAAUACAAAGAUCAAACAAAUCAGCGGGUGAAAGUCAAAAGUCAAAGUAAGCUUCAACUUGGGUUACCGCUCACAGUGGUGACAUAUAGUGGCAUUGAAUUAUAUUAAUCUAGUGAAAUAGUAAAUUAAUCAAAAGUAAAAAACUAAACUAACCUGAUAUAAAUACUAAUAAUAAUACAACAUAAUAAAUGCUUAAGCAAUAAGUUACUGUAAAUAAAUGCAACAAGGUAGAAACUCCGUAUACUCAUCGAACCAAAGGAUUCAUCUUAACUUAAUAAUAACCAAUGCAACGGCGAUUAGAAACCACACUUAAGCAAAAAAUAAGCAUUAACGCACGGGAAAUAUAACUGCUAGUCAACAACAGCAACAAAUUAACUGAAGCUAAUUAGUGUAAAUCGUCCAUUACGUAGCUUGUGUAUAUAACAACUGCACACGCCUACCGCCUACUACGUAUAUAAGCAUUUACAUCGCUGACUGCUGCGUCAAAACUGCAGUACAUACAUACAAACGUAAACAUUUACGCGCUUGGCGGCGUUUAGUUAAAUUUGUCAUUUUUGUAUAGCUUGAGAUUCGCCACUAACCAAAAAAAAAAAAACACAAAUAAACUUGUUUAUUGCUUCGUUAAUUUUGCAAAAUAGAGUUUCCUUCGCCGUAAACGUCUGCUUCGAAUUUUCUGUUCGUUUCACUUCGUAUUUAUCUUCUUCUUCGAUCAACGCGUUAAACUGUUCGUGUCAUCAGUGUUAAAUGUCAAAUAGUCGAUUGCUUGCCACGUAAAUGACGUGUCAAUCCGGAGAAAUGAGUGUAGUCGUGCAUCUGGUGUAGCACAACUAUGGCCAAGCGGUCUUCUAUAAACCAUCAGAAUUUGGAUACAUUGACGGUUGGCAGCGGCUCAGGAAGCGGCGCUAGCAGGGCAUCAACAGGGCUCCACAAGCGGGGGGCACUCGGGUCGAAGGGGAGCCCAUCGCUUAGCUGAUAGAAUGGGUGGCCCAAAGAAAGACGACACACCACCCGGUGGUGGUCCAACAUCAUUAUUUAUCCUCACCGAGGAUAAUCCAAUUAGAAAAUACACACGAUUCAUCAUUGAAUGGCCGCCCUUCGAGUAUGCUGUGUUAUUGACAAUCAUUGCCAACUGUGUUGUGUUGGCUUUAGAAGAACAUUUGCCUGGGAGUGAUAAAACAGUAUUGGCUCUGAAACUGGAAAAAACGGAGACCUAUUUUUUAUGCAUUUUCUGUGUAGAAGCAUCGCUCAAGAUCCUUGCCCUAGGGCUUGUUCUGCAUAAACACUCCUACCUCAGGAAUAUUUGGAACAUCAUGGAUUUUAUCGUCGUAGUAACGGGAUUUAUGGCACUGCUCCCACAAAAAUGGAUUGAGGUAGAUCUAAAAACAUUAAGGGCUAUACGUGUGCUAAGGCCCUUAAAAUUAGUCUCUGGAAUUCCUAGUCUACAAGUAGUUUUAAAAUCCAUUAUAAAGGCUAUGGCGCCGUUGCUUCAAAUUGGACUUUUAGUCUUGUUUGCGAUCGUUAUAUUUGCAAUCAUCGGACUCGAGUUCUAUUCGGGUGCCCUGCAUAAAACUUGUUAUAGUUUGGAAGAUCUGAGAAGGUCCGUUAAGGAAGGCGAAUCAGAGACACCCUGCUACUCGGAUAAUUCAUCGAUGAGAGCGACUGGUUCAUUCACAUGUGAUUAUAACACGAGUAUGUGUCUGGAUAAAUGGGAAGGGCCAAAUUGGGGCAUUACUAGUUUUGAUAAUAUCGGCUUUGCCAUGUUGACUGUGUUCCAAUGUAUCACAAUGGAGGGCUGGACAGCAAUACUGUAUUGGACCAACGACGCUUUAGGUUCAGCAUUUAAUUGGAUAUAUUUCGUGCCUCUUAUAGUUAUAGGCUCAUUUUUUAUGCUCAACUUAGUUCUCGGUGUCCUUAGCGGUGAGUUUUCGAAUGAACGUAAUCGUGUCGAACGUCGCAUGGAGUUUCAAAAAUGCCGUUUUCGCACCAUGUUUCAAACUGCCAUGGUUUCAUAUCUCGAUUGGAUAACACAAGCAGAGGAAGUGAUCUUAGCCGAAGAGCGUACAACUGAGGCGGAAAAAAUGCACAUAAUGGAGGCACGGAGAAGAAAUGCGGCGAAGCGUAAAAAACUGAAAAGCUUAGGCAAAUCGAAGUCAACAGACACAGAGGAGGAGGACGGUGAAGAAGACUACGGGGACGAUGGAUAUCUAAAAUCACGCCCUAAACCUCAAGGCAGCUGUACGGGCUUUUGGCGGGCUGAAAAGCGCUUCCGCUUCUGGAUACGACACACUGUGAAAACACAAUGGUUCUAUUGGUUUGUCAUCGUACUCGUAUUCCUGAACACUAUGUGCGUCGCAGUAGAGCACUAUGAUCAACCACAAUUUUUAACAGAUUUUUUAUAUUAUGCUGAAUAUGUCUUUUUGGGUCUAUUCAUGUCGGAGAUGUUCAUCAAGAUGUAUGCGCUUGGACCGCGCACCUAUUUCGAAUCGUCGUUUAAUCGAUUCGAUUGUGUCGUCAUUAGUGGUUCGAUAUUCGAAGUUAUAUGGUCCGAAGUGAAAAGCGGUUCAUUCGGUUUAUCCGUAUUGCGAGCGCUACGUUUACUUCGUAUCUUCAAAGUGACCAAAUAUUGGUCAUCCUUGCGAAAUCUUGUGAUUUCGUUGUUGAACUCGAUGAGAUCCAUCAUUUCACUGUUGUUCCUGCUCUUCUUAUUCAUUCUAAUAUUUGCACUACUUGGCAUGCAAUUGUUUGGCGGGCAAUUUAGUUUUAAAAGCGGUACCCCCGAAACAAAUUUCAACACAUUCCCCAUAGCCUUACUUACAGUCUUUCAAAUUCUAACCGGUGAAGAUUGGAAUGAAGUCAUGUAUCAGGGAAUUAAAUCACAAGGUGGCUAUAAGAAAGGAAUGAUUUAUUCUGUAUACUUUAUCGUUUUGGUACUCUUCGGUAAUUAUACACUGUUAAACGUAUUCUUGGCUAUCGCUGUCGAUAAUUUAGCGAAUGCCCAAGAAUUGACAGCUGCCGAAGAGGAGCAAGUCGAGGAAGAUAAGGAGAAGCAAUUGCAGGAGCUUGAAAAGGAGAUGGAGGCGCUGCAAGCAGACGGCGUUCACGUAGAGAACGGUGACGGCGCAUCCAUACCGAAUAAGGCAAAGAGUAAAAAGAAAGAAGAGGAAAAGAAGGAGGAAGAAGAAGUGACGGAGGGUCCAAAACCAAUGUUGCCAUACUCAUCUAUGUUUAUACUAUCACCAACGAACCCUAUACGCCGCGGCGCACAUUGGGUUGUUAAUUUGCGAUAUUUUGAUUUUUUCAUAAUGAUCGUCAUCUCAUUGUCAUCGAUAGCGUUAGCAGCCGAAGAUCCUGUUCGUGAGCAUUCGUCACGAAACGAAAUCUUAAAUUAUUUCGAUUAUGCAUUUACCGGCGUAUUCACAAUAGAAAUGUUACUAAAAAUUGUAGAUUUAGGCGUUAUAUUACAUCCAGGCAGCUAUUUAAGAGAAUUCUGGAAUAUUAUGGAUGCUGUGGUCGUUGUAUGCGCUGCUGUUAGUUUCGGUUUCGAUAUGAGCGGUAGCAGCGCUGGACAAAAUUUAUCAACCAUCAAAUCGUUGCGCGUACUGCGCGUCCUGCGACCAUUGAAAACCAUCAAGCGUGUACCAAAAUUGAAAGCCGUCUUCGACUGCGUAGUGAAUUCAUUGAAAAAUGUUGUUAACAUUCUAAUCGUGUACAUAUUAUUUCAAUUUAUAUUUUCCGUAAUUGGUGUACAAUUGUUCAAUGGGAAAUUUUUUUAUUGUACGGACGAAAGUAAACAUUCUUCCGAAGAGUGCCAGGGUUACUAUUUUAAAUAUGAGGAGGACGAGUUACUUCCAAAGCAAGAGGAGCGCAUUUGGCGGCCGCGUAGUUUUCACUAUGACAACGUGGCGGCGGCAAUGCUGACGCUUUUCGCGGUACAGACCGGCGAAGGAUGGCCACAAGUUCUACAACACUCAAUGGCUGCCACGUAUGAAGAUAGGGGUCCCAUACAAAAUUUCCGGAUCGAAAUGUCCAUAUUUUAUAUUGUGUAUUUCAUUGUAUUUCCAUUCUUCUUCGUGAAUAUAUUCGUGGCCUUGAUUAUCAUAACAUUUCAAGAGCAAGGCGAGGCUGAGUUGCAAGAUGGUGAAAUUGAUAAAAAUCAGAAAUCCUGCAUAGAUUUCACGAUAGGUGCGCGCCCGCUCGAACGGUAUAUGCCCAAAAAUCGAAACACGUUCAAGUACAAAGUCUGGCGCAUUGUAGUCUCGACGCCAUUCGAAUAUUUUAUAAUGAUGCUAAUUGUGUUCAAUACUUUACUGCUUAUGAUGAAGUAUCAUAACCAAGGUGAAAUGUAUGAGAAAUCACUUAAAUAUAUCAACAUGGGAUUCACGGGGAUGUUCAGCGUUGAGACCGUACUGAAAAUCAUUGGAUUUGGCGUUAAGAACUUCUUCAAGGAUCCGUGGAAUAUUUUCGAUCUGAUCACCGUUGUGGGCAGUAUUGUCGAUGCGCUUUGGAUGGAGUUCGGGCACGAUGAUUCGAACUCAAUCAACGUUGGCUUCCUGCGUUUAUUUCGUGCGGCGCGUCUCAUAAAAUUACUCCGUCAAGGAUACACGAUACGAAUCCUGUUGUGGACAUUUGUACAAUCGUUCAAAGCACUUCCAUAUGUCUGUUUGUUAAUAGCCAUGCUCUUUUUUAUUUAUGCUAUUAUUGGAAUGCAGGUGUUUGGGAAUAUCAAACUAGAUACAAUGGAUAAUACCAUUACUAGGCACAACAACUUCCAAUCAUUUAUACAAGGCGUCAUGUUGCUAUUCAGAUGUGCAACUGGCGAGGCGUGGCCGAACAUUAUGCUGGCGUGCCUUAAGGGGAGGCCAUGCGAUGAAGAGGCCGACAAAGGCAACGAAACAUGCGGGUCAACGCUGGCAUAUGCAUAUUUUGUAUCAUUUAUAUUCUUUUGCUCAUUCCUCAUGUUGAAUUUAUUCGUUGCCGUUAUUAUGGAUAAUUUUGAUUAUCUUACAAGAGACUCCAGUAUAUUGGGUGCCCAUCAUUUGGACGAGUUCGUUCGUAUAUGGGCUGAAUAUGAUCCAAAUGCGACUGGUAGAAUACAUCAUACGGAAAUGUAUGAUAUGUUAAAAAAUAUGGAUCCUCCGUUGGGGUUCGGUAACAAAUGUCCCAAUCGCCUCGCCUAUAAGAAACUAAUACGUAUGAAUAUGCCGUUAGAUGACGAAAUGAGAGUACAAUUUACAACGACGCUUUUUGCGUUGAUACGCGAAAAUUUGAGCAUUAAGAUGCGAUCUGCGGAGGAAAUGGAUCAAGCGGAUAUGGAACUUAGGGAAACCAUAACGAAUAUUUGGCCUUUGCAAGCGAAGAAAAUGUUAGAUUUGCUUGUACCACCCAUAGACCAACUGAAUAAAGGAAAGUUGUCAGUUGGCAAAGUGUACGCCGGUCAAUUGAUAUUGGAGUCGUGGCGUACGACGCGGUUCGGACAAAUCGAUUCUGGCAUGCCGCGGAAAAAGCGCCACACUGAUGACGAAGAACGCUUACCAAGUCCAACAGCCGACGAUCAGCCGAAGCAAUCGUUCUUCAACUGCCUGCUCGAUAUGGCCGCACUCGAUAAGGGCGGAUCGCGCCAGGGUUCAAUUAGCUACGAAGCGAACGGCGACGGUGGUGCCAACUCACAAACGCACUUAUUAGCAAACACAAAUCAUCAUCACCUGAACGGUGAUGCCGAACACAAUAGUUUGGCAUCACUGGCUCGCCGGACUACAAUCAAAAAACGUUCCGUUAGAAACAAAAAGAUGCUGGAGCUGCAGGAUGCUUCGAGACAUCCCUCGCAGGAAUCCUUAACCGGUGCCGAUGCUGGUCAUUUACAUCCUGGUCACGCGUAUCACAAUGGUCAUCAUCGUCGUUCGCCAAGUUUAAGACAUAACGGAUCUCCAUUGGCCAGAUCUCCAAGUCCUAGACGGCGAGGCCAUCAAUACAUACAUCAUGAUAUUGGGUUCUCCGAUACCGUAUCUAAUGUUGUAGAGAUGGUCAAGGAGACCCGUCAUCCUAGGCAUGGAUAUGGACAUCCGCGUUAUCCAAGAGGUUCAUGGUCAGCAUCGACAAGUCCGGCCCGUUCGCCCUCGCCUUCUCGUUAUGGUGGCCAUUAUUCGCGCAGUAGGCGUACAGAACUGCCUUUUCCCACAUAUGGGACAACAAGUCUAUGUCAAAGAUCACGUUCGCCGAGUCCCGCUCGACUUCAGGAGAUGCGUGAACGAGAUAGACUUGGUUAUGGGAUUGAUAUGGGUGGUACUCAUGUUCAGUACAGUUACCCAACGCUGGCAUCGCGACGUGCUGGCAUGGGUCGACGUCUACCACCGACACCAAGUAAACCAUCAACACUACAGCUGAAGCCAACCAAUAUUAAUUUUCCAAAACUUAACGCAAGUCCAACACAUACACAUCACUCGACACCCCAUAGUGUUCAUUCUUUGCCACACCACCGUGAUCUGCUUCGGGAUCGUGCGAUGUACCGCGACCUGUAUAGCAGUAGAGAACGCGAUCGUGAUCGAGAGCGAUAUCGAGAUCACCUUCGCGACUACGAUAUGCGGUAUGAGUAUCGGGAUCAUGAACGUGAACUCUAUGAGAGAGAGCGUGAUCGUCAAAGGGAUUUCGAAAGAGAAAGACUGGAAUAUAUAGCGCCGCUGUCGUUUGAACAAGCGCUCGCUAUGGGCAGAACGGGUCGUGUACUGCCGUCACCCGUUCUAAAUGGCUAUAAGCCAAAAGGUGGCUUACACGCACGACAUUCGGAUUCGGACGAGGAGGACUGGUGCUAGCAAAGGCUUUGA